UUGAGCGCGGCGCGCGUGAAUCGGGGUGGUGGGCGAGUGAAGGGGAUUGAGGGUCGGACCUGGUAGCUUGGUGCCUCCCGGCCAGUGCCCACUACCCAGGGCCCCGCUCCCCUCCUCGCUCGCUCUCAGGGUUCAGGCAGGAUGGCCCCAAAGCGACCGGCGGGCCUCGGCAAGAGGAGCGCCCUGGCCCCGGAGCCUCCCCCGGCCAAGAGGUGGUGUGUGCGGACUCCCGGCCGCAGGAGCCGGCCGCCAGCCCGGGGCUUGGGCAGAGGGGAUGAAGCUUCAGGCUGGCAUCAGCCUGGGUUGGCUGGUCAGCAGGAAUGCCCUCGUAGCAUUGUUUCGGCUCUCUGCCAACACAAGGUGGGCAGAGCUCCUCGGGCCUCCUUCCAGCAGUCUCUUCAGAAGGCCUUUCUGCACUCUUUGGAAUCUUACCGACUUUUCCGCACGGCCAGUCCCUUUGACCGGAGAACAACGUGUCUGGAAUGGCACCCCACUUACCCCAGCACUCUGGCUGUGGGCUCCAAGGGGGGAGACAUCAUCCUCUGGGACUACGAAGUACUGGACAAAAUCUUCUUCAUUAAAGGGAUUGGUGCUGGAGGGAGCAUCACAGGGCUGAAGUUUAACCCUCUCAACACCAACCAGCUGUUCGUUUCCUCAGUGGCGGGUACCACAAGCCUGAAGGACUUCCUGGGCAACACAAUUCGAGUUUUUGCUGCCACAAACACCUGGGACUACUGGUACACCAGUGUGGAUGUGUCUGCCAAAAGCCACGUGGUGGUCACAGGAGACAGUCUGGGCAAUGUGGUCUUGCUGAGCAUGGACGGCAAAGAGAUCUGGAAUCUCAGGCUUCACAAAAAGAAGGUGAGCCAUGUGGCCCUGAAUCCUCUCUGUGACUGGCUGCUGGCCACAGCCUCAGUGGAUCAAUCAGUGAAAAUCUGGGACCUGCGCCAGGUCCGAGGGAAGUCUUCCUUCAUCCACUGGAUGCCUCAUGAGCGCGCUGUUAAUGCAGCUUAUUUCAGUCCAGAUGGGGCCAAGCUCCUGACCACAGACCAGCACAGCGAGAUCCGGGUGUACUCAGCCUCCCAUUGGGCAUGUCCCCAGCAGCUUAUUCCCCACCCACAUCGCCACUUCCAGCACCUCACACCCAUCAAGGCAACAUGGCACCCUCGUUACGACCUCAUCGUGGUGGGCCGGUACCCAGACCCCAAUUUCACAGAUUUUACCCCUCAUGAGCUUCGGACGAUUGAUUUAUUUGAUGGGAACUCAGGGAAGAUGAUGUGUCAGCUCUAUGACCCCGACUGCUCUGGCAUCAUCUCGCUAAACAAGUUUAAUCCCAUGGGAGACACACUGGCCUCAGCAAUGGGUUACAACAUUCUCAUCUGGAACCCAGAGGAGGCUGUGAGAAGGAAACAAGAGGGGUUGAUCAAGGUGAUGAGUGAACAAGGACUGGGCAGGGGCUGGUCAGCCCAGCAGCCCUCCCCUUGAAACAGACCUGGCCAAAAUUAGCAAAGAGUAGCACAAACAAGGACCCUAGAAGGGUGAGCAAGAACCAUGGCCCAAGGGAAGGAUCCAGGGGCUCACGGGGGGCCAAGGCCUAUCCUCUGGAAGGCUGGGGGAUGGCAGCUGUGUCUGACGAGCAGGCUGCCAGUUUAA